AUGGAUUUUCUGCACAAGCUGUUGGUUGAGUCUUGGGUUCUCUGGGUGUUGGGUCUCUUUGUCGUUGUGUGUCGACUGAUAUCACGACGCAUGAAACUUAGAAAAUGGAGUCGUCUCGCCAUUGAAGAUUAUCUCAUGGUCUUUGCCCUCAUCAACUUUACAGGAGUCGUCGUCUCGAUCAACGAAGUCGCCAAGAAUGGCAGCAAUUACAUGCCCGCCGAUGUCGCCGCGAAGCUCACCCCCCAGGGACGACAACAAGCCAUUAUCGGCAGUAAAAUGACCUUUGUCCUCGAGAUAUUCGCCCUCACUUGUACAUGGACCAUCAAAGCGUGUCUGUUGUUUUUGUACGCAAGAUUGACGCAGGGCACAUCGAUAAGACAGAAAUGGGCGGUGCGAUUCGUCUCUGCGUUUUGCGCGGUGACGUACAUCGUCGUUACCUUUAUGUUUGUGUUCUUUUGGUGUUCUCCUACGCCAGAGUAUUGGUCUGUUCCUGUGAAUCCCAAGAAGAGUGAGUCUGCGAUUGAGAGCUGGCAAGGGAUUGAGCUAAUGACGACAGUGCAAUGUGCGACUUAUUACAACCAUAUGAUCUUUGCGACCGCUUGCAACAUUGCCAGCGACAUCAUGUUGAUCCUAUUACCGAUCCCAAUUGUCAUCAACAUCAGUCUCCCCAAGAAGCGAAAGAUUGGUUUGUGCUGUGUUUUUGGACUGGGUUUGUUCAACAUCCUCGCCGCUGUCCUCAAUCGUUACUACAACUUCAGCAACCCCAACUCGUACGUCUUUCUCUACUGGUACGUCGCAGAAGGCGGCGUCGCCCUCUGGGUCGGAAACCUGCCUCUCUGCUGGCCCGUUCUGCGUCUCGCCCUCGGCUCCAAAGGCGAUUCCACGGACCCCUCCUCAUACCCCAACACUCCCUACCGCAACGGUUCAUACCCCGAAGGUUCAGCGCGACGGAGGACUCAAGGCCUUCACCCGCUGUCAGGCAAACCUUCAAUCUGGUCUAAGUUGGAGGACGAGGAUGGUGUCGUACGUACUGACGUUUCGCCCGAACAGGGGAGCCAGAUUGAGCUGGUGGACCAGCAUGGACCGGAUCUGCUGCAGCGGCCGUACCGCGCUGAAGCGAAGAUUAGUAGUGGGACGCAGCAGCAUGAGAGGGCUCGCAGUGGGCAGAUUACAGUGGUUACGAGCGUGGAGGUUAGCUCGAAGCAGACAUAG